UUGUUUUAUUCAAAUACCUCUCAAAUAGUACCAAUCUAGUUUUAAGUUUAAUCUUUGAAAGAAACAAUUCCUACGUCCUUAGAGCCGCCUGCCGCCUCCUUUACUUCCACCCACCACGCCCUCAACCUUACCGGCGGCCAUAUCUUACACGGAAGGAGUUUCUUCACCAACCAACUUGUCCCUUUUCACAUCUCCAGCUACGUUUUCCACAAAUUCACCAGUUUCCCCCAUUCCAAAAAUGGUUUCCGGGUUAAUCAACGCAAACCCUGUCAUAUACGAAAAGAAGCAGCGUCAACAACGUUCUACUCAAUCCCUUCCCACCGAUGAAUACGCCGUUGAACCAAUCGAUCAAUUAGAGAUUUUUGAUCAUAUAAGAGAUAUCAAGGAUCCUGAGCAUCCCUACUCUUUGGAAGAACUCAAGGUGAUAACCGAGGAAGCAGUUGAAGUCGAUGAUCAGAAUAGUUAUGUCAGGGUUACGUUUACUCCAACGGUGGAACAUUGUAGUAUGGCGACAAUUAUAGGUCUUUGCUUACGGGUUAAGCUCUUGAGAAGUUUGCCUUCGCGUUACAAGGUGGACAUCAGGGUGGCACCUGGAUCUCAUGCAACUGAAGCUGCAGUUAACAAACAACUAAAUGAUAAAGAGCGUGUAGCUGCUGCACUUGAAAACCCCAACCUUGUGGAAAUGGUGGAUGAAUGCCUUGCGCCAUCAUUUGAUUGAAGGAUUUUUCUUUCAUCCCAAUUCUACGAGUCCGCAGUUUCUUUUGUUUCUUUGCUAGUAGUUGGUAAGCUUUAUCUGUAUGAUAUAUUUUUGUUUUUGAUUGCCGAGGACAUAUUUGUUGUGCAAUUUGUGCCUACUACAUGUAAUUGUAGUUCAAUAGGGUUAUAGGAAAUCACAGUUGAAAAAAUGUAAUCGCCGUGUCGGGUAUCAAAGUUCUUUGAUUAUUAGCUGUAGUGAAGAGAAGGAAAAAUUCUUUUAAGAAGUUGUCAGCUUAUGUUUCAGUCAGAAUCAUAAAUUAUAGAGCAUUGGUUAAGUUUACACUCA